AUGGGCAAAGCAUUUCCAGGUCCUGAGACGGGCCUUUGGCGAAUUGUCCUGCGCCUGAUCUCUCUUUUUGGCUCUGUCUUUGGAAUCAUCGCCUCAACCGCUGGCGCUUAUUACCCCAUCAACUCCUUCUGGUACUACCUAUUCUUCAGCAUUUGCGGGUUUUGGUCCUUGAUUGUUCUCGGAUUCCUCUGUUUCAAACUUGCCCCGCACCCUGGCUGUUGUAUCGCUUUCGACUUGCUUUUGAUCGUCGCCUCUGCGUGGCUUGUCGCUGUUGCGGGUAUCGGAAUUACCUAUGAUUAUACCCGCUGGAUGGGUCGCGAUAUCGCUUCGCUCGUGUUCGCACUCAUUGUCUUUGUCGACCAUUUCAUGAUGUUUGUGUUGGCUUGCAUAGAUGUUGACAAGAGGCGGAGACUGCAUAACCCUAAGGCUCCUUACCGAGAGGUUUCGCCUGGGUCUGUUUAAUGUGGUGCUACUCCCCGGGUCGAUGUGCGG